AUGAGUGGCGUUUAUAAGGAUGACGAAAGUACUGGAAUGGUACUUUUGGCUGGUAAUUCACAUCCCGAUCUCGCACGUUUAGUAUCCGAUCGAUUAAACGUUAAACUCGGUGAAGUAAGCAUUUAUAAUAAAACGAAUCGUGAGACAUCUGUAGAAAUAAGACAAAGUGUUCGUGGAAAGCAUGUUUUCAUCAUUCAGUCCGGUUCCAAGGAUGUGAAUAAUAACAUAAUGGAAUUGAUGAUUCUGGCAUAUGCAUGUAAAACAUCGAUGGCAAAAACUAUUACAGUUAUUAUGCCUUAUCUGCCUUACAGCAAACAAUGCAGAAUGUUUAGAAGAUCAGCUGUACCAAUGAAAUUAAUCGCUGAUAUGUUAUGUAAAUCAGGAGCAAUGCGUAUGGUUUCGUUGGAUUUAUACAAAAAAGAAAUUCAAGGCUUUUUCUCAAUACCUGUGGACAAUCUUCGUGCUUCACCAUUUUUAUUGCAAUAUAUCAAGGAAAAUAUUCCUGAUUAUAAAAAUGCUGUAAUUGUCGCAAAAAGUCCAGGCGUAAUGAAUAAAGCGACUUCUUAUGCCGAUCGCCUCAGAUUAGGCAUAGCAGUUAUUCAUGGUGAGCAGAAAGAUGUCGAGGAAAGUGGCUUAGAGGAUGGUCGUCAAAGUCCUCCUCCACAGCAUGAUUCACCCGAUCUUGCAGUACCAAAAGAAAAGCCUCCAUUGACUGUUGUUGGCGAUGUUGGAGGCCGCAUAGCAAUCAUGGUGGACGAUAUAAUUGAUGAUGCACAGUCAUUUGUUGCUGCUGCACAUGUGCUAAAAAAUCGUGGUGCUUACAAGAUUUAUGUUAUCGCAACUCAUGGUCUGUUGUCUGCUGACGCUCCUGGAUUACUAGAAUCGUCUCCUAUCACUGAAGUAAUUGUGACGAAUACUGUUCCACAUGAAGUUCAAAAGAUGAGAUGUCACAAGAUAAAGACGGUAGAUAUAUCACUGGUAAUAAGUGAAGCUAUAAGGAGAAUUUAUCAUAACGAAUCAAUGGGACAACUAUUUAGAGACGUAACGAUUGAUGAUUGA